GCAGCAGGCAGUGCGUUCGCACCAAGAUGGCGGCGCCUCUAAAUGAGUACGAGAAAGAAGCAGGCUGCGUUCCUAUUUUGCACUCGGAGGAAAUCAAACCUCAAGCUCACUAUAACCACGGAUAUAAUGAAUCUCUUGGGCGCAAAAGUCACAUUGAUGAUUACAGCACAUGGGAUAUUGUCAAAGCCACACAGUAUGGAAUUUAUGAUCGUUGUUGUGAGUUGGUAGAAGCAGGCUAUGAUGUACGGCAACCUGAUAAAGAAAAUGUUACGCUUCUCCAUUGGGCUGCAAUCAACAACAGAUUAGAUUUAGUGAAGUACUACAUAUCAAAAGGUGCUAUUGUUGACCAGCUAGGAGGUGACCUGAACUCCACACCACUACAUUGGGCAACUAGACAGGGUCAUUUAUCAAUGGUUGUACAGCUUAUGAAAUAUGGUGCAGAUCCAUCAUUAAUUGAUGGAGAAGGAUGUAGUUGUAUUCAUUUAGCAGCCCAGUUUGGACAUACAUCUAUUGUCGCUUACCUAAUAGCCAAGGGACAGGAUGUUGAUAUGAUGGAUCAAAAUGGAAUGACGCCUUUAAUGUGGGCAGCUUAUAGAACACACAGCGUGGAUCCUACUCGAUUGCUGCUUACUUUUAAUGUUUCAGUGAAUCUGGGAGACAAAUAUCAUAAGAAUACAGCACUACACUGGGCAGUUCUAGCAGGAAAUACCACAGUGAUUAGUCUUCUAUUAGAAGCUGGAGCUAAUGUUGAUGCCCAAAAUAUCAAGGGAGAAUCACCACUUGAUUUAGCAAAGCAAAGAAAAAAUGUUUGGAUGAUAAAUCAUCUACAGGAGGCAAGGCAAGCAAAAGGUUAUGACAAUCCAUCUUUUCUCAGGAAGCUGAGGGCUGAUAAGGAAUUCCGUCAGAAGGUGAUGCUAGGAACACCUUUCCUAGUUAUUUGGCUGGUUGGAUUUAUAGCAGAUCUUGAUAUUGAUUCUUGGCUAAUCAAAGGACUAAUGUAUGGUGGUGUUUGGGCUAUGGUUCAGUUUCUUUCCAAAUCAUUCUUUGAUCACUCCAUGCAUAGUGCUCUCCCUCUUGGAAUCUACCUAGCAACAAAAUUCUGGAUGUAUGUGACAUGGUUUUUCUGGUUUUGGAAUGAUCUCAGUUUUCUGUUUAUCCACCUUCCAUUUCUUGCCAAUAGUGUUGCACUUUUCUAUAAUUUUGGAAAAUCCUGGAAAUCAGACCCAGGAAUAAUUAAAGCCACAGAAGAACAAAAGAAAAAGACAAUAGUGGAACUUGCAGAGACAGGAAGCUUGGACCUCAGUAUAUUCUGCAGUACCUGUUUGAUACGGAAACCAGUGAGGUCCAAACAUUGUGGUGUAUGCAAUCGAUGUAUAGCCAAGUUUGAUCACCACUGUCCAUGGGUUGGUAACUGUGUAGGAGCAGGCAAUCAUCGUUAUUUCAUGGGGUAUCUAUUCUUUUUACUCUUCAUGAUUUGCUGGAUGAUUUAUGGAUGUAUCUCUUACUGGGGAAUCCAUUGUCACACCAGUUACACAACAGAUGGUUUUUGGACAUACAUUACCCAAAUUGCCACUUGUUCGCCCUGGAUGUUCUGGAUGUUUUUGAACAGUGUGUUUCAUUUCAUGUGGGUUGCUGUACUACUAAUGUGUCAAAUGUAUCAGAUUUCUUGUUUAGGUAUUACUACAAAUGAAAGAAUGAAUGCCAGACGAUAUAAGCACUUUAAAGUUACAACAACAUCUAUUGAAAGUCCAUUUAACCAUGGAUGUAUAAGAAAUAUUAUAGACUUCUUUGAAUUCAGAUGCUGCGGUCUUUUUCGUCCUGUUAUUGUGGACUGGACACGACAGUAUACAAUAGAAUAUGACCAAACAUCUGGAACUGGCUACCAGCUGGUGUAACACCCACUUCCAAUCUGUGAGCGUAUCAUAUCUGAGUGGUGCCUGGAAGUUUGUUUCUUUUGAAUCCACGUCCCUUGAACAGUAGCAUGUUAUGAAUAGAGCUAACAGUGAAUCUAAUGGCACCUUCUUUGCAUCUGUUUUAUUAACAGAAGUUUAAAAAAGGACAGAAUAAAGUGACAAUCCUGACAAUGAGGAAGAAGAAGGGAAUUUUAACUGUUCUUAACUACAGGAAUAACUCAGAAAGACAUAUUCACGCAAUUAUUUUUUAUUUUCACAAUGAAGCAUGAAUUGUUAAAAGUGCAAACAGAAUAAAAUCAUGCUGUGCUGAAGAUUCAA